AUGUCUGUUCCUACCAUCAACUUCGCGACCCUGCAACCUGCCAUUAUGUGUAAGGAAACCCCUACCGGGACCAUCGAAACUGCGCAUGGAUUUGAACCCCGGUUCUCAGCCAAGGUCGUCAUUGGUGCGGACUGGCUUGAAUUUGACCCCGACAAGAAGCAUGUGCGCAUUAGUGGAAGAGUUUCAAUUCCAACCACGGAUGGCAAGGACAUCAGUUUCGGAUACCAAGGCAUUAUCGCAUUGAACGAGGCCGUGAUGAAGAUUUUAACAUGGAGCCAGAUUCUCGGCGAUCCAGCCCUUGAUGAGCUACAGAACAUGACCCUGGUGGGCAAUGACCGGAUGCUGGUAAAUGAGGAAACACGCGUUAUUACGGUGGAAUCCCGUAUUUCGCCCGGUGUUUCUGCCACUGGUACUCAUUAUAUGAUGUCCAACAACAAGAUCUUGUUUAUCCUUGGCGCAGGGCCUAAUGUUGCCACUGCACUGCAAAACACUUUGCGUCGCAAGGAUAUCAAAUCGCCCUCCCCGGACAAAAUCCCCGAGUGGUUUGCUCAAGUCAAAAAGAAGUAUGGAGGGGCCCCGAACGUGGUGAUCCACAAUGCGUACCAUGUCUUCCCGGCACACCCACAGAAUCCCCUAUCGCUUAGUCUUGGUCAGCUCAACUAUGACUUGGCCGUGAACGUCACGUCAGCCUACCUUGCAGCACAGGAGGCCGUCAAAGGCUUCGAGACCCUCCCAGCCGAACUCCCCAAGUACCUCGGUCUUGGCAAGACUGCCCUGGGCCAUGUCAUCGGGAAUACGACGCUCGCCUUCCAAGGCAAAGGAUACACCUUCUACUAUGGCGACUUUGCCAGUGGCGCUAUUAGCGGUAUCGCGCAUGCAGAGCGGUACUGGGAGCUUAGCCAAGAUCGUAAGCAGAGACCGUGGAUGGAUACCUUUGUGGCUGGUCAGGAAUACAAGGAUUUGCCUAAGGUUUGA